AUGGCGGGUGGGGUUUAUCAAGGGUUUCUCUGCUAAAUUCACUCAGUACCCCUUUUUGUCAUCACCCUCUCUCUCUCUCUCUCUCUCUCUCUCUCUCUCUGUAAUCUGUACAAAUUACUGCAUUUACUCUGCAACAGUUUCUCACAGAAACCCCUUAAUUAUGCAACAUUUCUCUGCCGUUACACAUAUCUCUGCCGUUACACACCACCACAACUUCCGUCAAUGAUGCCGCACCCCCAACACCGUACCGUCACCAAAAACCGUACACGCACUCGCCGUUUCUACGCCUGUCACCGUCACCCUAACCAACCUGUAACAGGCUUCUGUGCAUUAUGCUUACGAGAUCGUCUAGCCGGUCUAGAAGAUUCUUCUUCUUCGUCGGCCCCGGCGCCGGAGUUUCGCCGGAGCAAAUCUGUUGCCGGUGAGAUAUGUAAGGAUGUGAGUGAUUUUUCUGUGGAUUUACGGAGAAAUUCGUGUGAUGUUAGGGUUAGGGCUCGUAAUACUCUAUCUGAUCUGUUUGCUGUUCAUGAUUCGGUGAAAUUGAAGGUGAUAGAUCGUGUUGCGAGUGUUGAAUCGGUGAAAUUAGGGUUUGUGAGCAAGGAAUGUGGUGAAAUUAGGGUUUUGGAUGAUGAUGAUCGUGAAAUUAGGGUUUCGGAUGAUGUAAUUGUGCACGAUGAUUGUGAAAUUAGGGUUUCGAAUGAUGUAAUUGAGUUGAAUCAUGAAAUUAGGGUUUCUGAUGAUGAUGAGGUUACACAAGGGGAUCUGAAGACGAUGAAGGAGAUAAUUGAGAUGGAAUUGAAGAACAAUAAGAGGAAUUUACGUUCGGUUUUUGGUCAGAAGUUGCGAAAAUGGCGAAAAAAGCAGAAGGAAAAGAAGCAAAGUAGAUGUAUCAAUGGGGGAAUUGAGUCAACGAGGUCAAAAUUAGGGCAGUUAUCGAAAAUUAGGGAUACUCAAUCUGAGGUAGGAGAUUAUGGAUUUGGUAGAAGAUCUUGCGAUACGGAACCUAGGUUUUCAAUCGAUGCACAUAGGUUGUCUGUUGAAGAUCCACGGUUUUCGUUAGAUGAACAUCGAGCCUCUUGGGAUGGGUACAUGAUUGCGAGAACGAUUCCUCGGCUUACACCGAUGCUCCCGGUUGUUGAUAACAUGAUGUUAGGUCCGGUAAACAAGGGUACAAAUGCUACCACAAUGGAGAACCUGAACCUGAACCUGCAAAUGCACUCGAUAAGUGAAGACGGUGCUAGUUCUGGUGGUUCGGCCCAGUCAAAUUCAGAUUGUUGUUCUAGUUCGAACAGAGGAAGCAGUUCGAGUUCGAUGAUGAGUUCCAGUACUAAAGCAGCAGGGUUUGGUUGUGAUGAUGUGAAAUCUGCUUCGAAUGCUCGUGUUUCACCUGCAAGUGAUGUUGUUUUUCAGGGUACAAAGUUGGUUAUUACCGAAAAAGAGUUGAAAGAUUGGCGUUUGAAUUCUAUCAAGAACAACAACAGUAAUGUCGAAUCUGUUUCAAAUGCACCCAAUUCGACUAGUAAAACAAGCACGACGAACAUCACGAACCCGUCAAACGAGCUAAAGAAAAAGGUAAUGUCAAGUAGGUGGACAAAAGUCUGUAAUAUAUGGAGUCACAAGCUAAAACUUGACGACAAAAAUGGUGACAAAAAGAGUUCAGAACAUAUGACAGAAAGCAGAGUUGAGAUGGGGAAUUCAAGUGCAAAACUUGUUAGAAACCCGAGUACUGUAAAUUCAAGAACAAGAAGGGAUGAAUUUGUGUUGGAUAGAAACAGGAGCACAAGGUAUUCAACUAGUGAUAUUGACAGUGGUUUGCUGAGGCUGUAUUUGACACCAUUUCGGAACUCUAGAAGGAGUAAGUUUGUAAAAAGCAGGGCUCCUCCAUCAAUGGUCACCAAUGGUUUGCAGCUGCAGUAAGAUUUUCCUUUUAGGCACUCUUAUAAGCCUCCCAUAAGUGCAUAAAUAUGUAGAUCCUGUUACUUUGUUUCUGUUCUUGUUAUGUGCACAAAAGGAUAGCAUAAUGUUACUUGUAUCGCACUUGGUGUUCUCAGAAUAAUAGUUCUUGUUACAUGUUACUAGUUACUAUCCGUUGUUUUGUGA